AUGUCAGAUCUCAAAGCCAGUGUGUCUGAGACCAAGACCUCUUCAGGUCACGUCGGCUUUCAUGUCGAGGGUUAUGAGAAGAUCGAAUAUGAUUUCACCUUCAUCGAUGGUGUCUUCAAUGUCGACAACCCAAAUCUGGCUGAUUGCUACAAGAAAUGGGGAAGAGUUUUGGCCGUCACUGACCUGAACAUCUACAAUGUUUAUGGCAAGCAGAUGGAGAAAUACUUCCAGCACUACGAUCUGGAAUUGAAAAUCCACAAGACGAAGAUUGGAGAGAAGGCGAAGACUAUGCCAACUCUUCUGAGCAUUGUAGAUUCCAUGAACGAGUUUGGAAUUUACCGCAAAGAACCAGUCCUCGUUGUCGGCGGCGGUCUAGUCACUGAUGUUGCCGGAUUUGCCUGCGCUGCGUAUCGAAGAAACACAAACUUCAUUCGUGUGCCAACAACAGUCAUUGGUUUGAUUGACGCAUCAGUGUCAAUUAAAGUAGCCGUAAACUAUGGCAAUUACAAGAACAGACUUGGAGCUUACCACGCCCCUAUCCACACCUUCCUCGACUUCACAUUCCUCAAAACGCUACCUACAGCCCAGAUCCGAAAUGGUUUUGCAGAGUUGAUCAAAAUCUCAACUUGCUCACACCUCGAUACAUUCAACUUGCUGGACAAGUACUGCGAGCAGCUCAUUGACCAGAGCUUCGGCCGAGCAGAGGGUUCGCCAAAGGAGCUUAUCGAUGCUGCCGAUAGAAUCAACAGAGAGGGCAUCCAUGAGAUGUUGAAGUUAGAGACCCCCAAUCUUCAUGAGAUUGGAUUGGAUCGUGUCAUCGCUUACGGUCACACAUGGUCACCUCUUCACGAGUUGGUACCAGAAACACCUCUUCGUCACGGUCACGCGAUAUCCAUCGAUAUGGCAUACUCAGCCACCCUCGCAAACCAGCGCAAGCUCAUUUCAGACGAAGAGCAUCGCAGACUCCUGAACCUUUUCUCCAGAGCUGGUCUUUCCAUGGACCAUCAUCAGUUCGAUGAGGAGAUCCUGGCAAAGGCAACAGCGGCCAUUCUCAAGACCCGGGAUGGUAAGCUUCGUGCGGCAGUGCCAAACCCAAUUGGCUCUUGCACCUUCUUGAACGAUGUCACUGCCGAGGAGAUGAACGAAGCUUUGAGAAGACACAAGCAACUGAUGAAGGAGUAUCCACGCAACGGUGAGGGUCUAGAGGCCUAUGUUGACUCAAGUGAUACUGGGUACACUGAGAACGCUAAGAUGGAGGAGGAAAAGAUCAUUGAGAACGCGGCGAAGAAGGCGGGCCAACUCAAUGGCUCUAACGGCCAUGUCAAUGGUACCACCAAUGGCGUUCACAAGACGAGUGCCAAAACGAACGGACAUGUCAACGGGAACGGUGCUUUGAGCAACGGAACUUCAGGAAAUGCUGCCAAGGUCAAUGGUAACGCGUAG